CGGCAAAUACAAAAGGCUCAGCUCCUUCUAAAUCAGCAGCACAAUAUUAAAUAUGAGCGUGGUACGCAAUGUGGCAAUAAUUGGUGCUGGAAUUAGUGGCCUAGCUGCUCUCAAGUGUAGCCUGGAAGCUGGACUUGAGGCUACCUGUUUUGAAAAGAGUGACAGUAUUGGAGGUCUCUGGAACUAUACGGAAUGUGCAGAAGAGGGCAGAGCCAGUAUCUACCGAUCAGUCUGCACCAAUGCUUGCAAGGAAAUGAUGUGUUACCCAGACUUUCCUAUUCCUGAUGAAUUCCCUAAUUACAUGCACAACUCCUGGUUUUUAAACUACCUGCGCCUCUACGUCAAACAUUUUGACCUUGCGAGAUACAUAAAGUUCAAGACAGCUGUUGUCAGGGUGCAGAAAUGCCCAGACUUUCAAGUAACAGGUCGAUGGGAAGUUAUUACAGAGCAUGAUGGAGAGCGAUCAUCAGACAUAUUUGAUUCUGUUCUGAUAUGUACUGGCCACCAUGUGUAUCCGAACCUUCCUCUGAAUUCGUUUUUGGGCAUUGAAAGGUUUACUGGCCGGUACAUGCAUAACAGAGAAUACAAAGAGCCCUUACAGUAUGCUGGAAAACGUGUGCUAGUAGUCGGCCUGGGCAAUACAGGAGCAGACAUAUCUGUGGAGCUAAGUCAUACAGCUCAAAAGGUCUGGCUCAGUACUAGAAGUGGUUCUUGGAUUAUGAGUCGCGUCUGGGAUAAUGGCUACCCCUGGGAUAUGGUCUACUUGACACGCUAUCAUUUCUUCCUCAAUAAAAUCCUACCUAGAGCGAUAUCUGACUAUCUGUAUGAAAGAAUGAUGAACAAAAGGUUCAGUCAUGAAAACUAUGGCUUGGUACCUGUGGACAAGGGUUUGAGGAAGGAACCUGUUUUCAAUGAUGACCUAGCUGCCUGCAUUACCUGUGGCACUGUUGUUGUGAAGCCCAACAUUAGAGAGUUUACUGAGACGUCUGCAAUUUUUGAAGAUGGUUCUAUAGCAGAAAAUGUGGAUGUUGUUAUAUUUGCCACUGGAUAUAGCUUUGCUUAUCCAUUCAUUGAUGACUCUAUCAUGAAGAACAGCAACAAUAAAGUCUCACUGUAUAAAGGAGUCUUCCCACCAAAGCUUGAAAAGCCAACUCUGGCUGUUAUUGGAUUGCUCCAGUCCUUAGGCAGUAUCCCAUCAACUUCUGAUGUCCAGGCUCGCUGGGCUCUCAGAGUACUUAAAGGAAUAUGUAAGUUGCCACCCAAGGAGAGUAUGUUGCAGGAACUUAAUGAAGAAGAAACAGAGAAGAAGAGCUGGUUUGGUCAGAGUGAGACUUUGUCCACAGAUUAUAUCACCUACAUGGACGAACUGAGUUCUUCUAUUGGCUGCAAAGCUAAUCUUCCUCUCCUCUGUGUAACUGACCCUAGGCUGGCCUGGGAAAUGUUCUUUGGUCCUUGUAGCCCUUACCAAUUUCGACUGACUGGCCCAGGCAAAUGGGAAGGGGCAAGAAAUUCAAUUCUAAAUCAGUGGAAUCGCAUAAUUCAAGCUAUGAAAAAGCGAGAAGUUUCAUCUCAUACAGGGUUAUCCUCAUUUACUGCUUUGUUUAAGCUGCUUUUUAUACCUUUACUUCUUUUUGCUGUUUUCCUGGCCUGGUACUAGAUAUUUUAUCAUAAGUUCUUACCAGACCGUGCUUAAUGUUACCUUUACCCUAUACAUUUGUACCAGUGCCAAAGCAAUGUUGUGAUAUCUACAAAAUUAAGUGAAAUGUAUAAACUCUAAAAUCAGUAACCCUUGCUUGGACCUUUCAGUAUUAUCCUGUACAUGACUCCUAAAAUGUAAUUAUUCCACUUUGUUCUGUAAAUUCUAUUUUUAGAAAAAUCACUCUGUUAAAAAGCAUUGCUGUUAUAAUUAAAAGGGCAAGAUAAAAUCAAUUGAAUCUUUA